AUGUCCACAAAUCUUCCGGACCUACUGUCUCGCUGCUCAGCACUCUACGAAUUGCGCCUUGUGUUAGAGGAUGUCUUGGGGUUUGGAGAGCGGGUCAUUGAGGAUUUAAAGAGGACGAGUCCGCCAAUAUUGGCUCUCCGUAUCCGAGACGGAAUAUCAGGCGGCAGUGCUGUGCGAGAGUUGCUGCAAGUAUGGCCCACCCUCAAACAUCUAUCUCUUCGGAGCACAAGUUUCGCGCAAUCGGCUCCCGAAGACGACGAGCCUUCCCCUCCUUUCCAUCUCUACGAGUUUCGAUGGGAGGGAAUACGACCCCUGUCCGUUCAAUCUCUACUUUGGUUGCUAAACUAUGACCAAGGGAGAUUGAAUGGGGCUCAUCUCCGCGUCCUUCAUCUCGCAUCCAUGCCGGAGAACGAUCACGAUGGAGAAUUAGCAAGCUAUUACGGCCGAUUCCUACAUUCGUUACGGAUUCCGCACCCCAAUAGGAGACUUUUGGAAUCUGCUCAACAAAUCAGAGAGCUGGUGCUCUUUGACCAUAAAGACAUUACUCGCGAGUUACUGCGAUCGUUACCUCCAGAAGUCCAACACAUUGCAUUCUCAAUUCAAGAUUUCCCUUCGGACUCGGUGGAGAACAUUCUAAUGAUGCGCGAUAGACAGUUUCUAAAGAACCUGCGCGUUAUCAGUGUCUACCGCCAAUCAAUCAAGCCCUGGCCGGUCUACUGGGACCGGCUAGUUGCUCGCGCAGAAGCACUGGGGAUCCUGAUGGUGAGACAGGAGCAUCGAGGGCUUCUCGUAGGUGGAACCGAAGACCUCGUGGCGACAACCAGCUUUCCACGGCGUGUCACUAUACGCCAAUUUGAUCGCAUGGCGGCUGCUGUGAACACACUUCCGGCUAUUUAUACUGAGGUGGACAGUAGAGAUCAAGGGUUUCAGCUACUGGCGCCGCCUGAACGAUCUCGCGAAUCCCUCUCGAACCGAUCCGGUAACUCGGGAUCACGGAACUCGCCAUCGACACAUGGACAUAGGACUAUUCACCUCGACGAGCCUUCCCAUGCACCACGUCAGUGGGAUUACGUUUACGACAAACCGCUAGAACCUAUCAAGUUGGACGAUCCGGUGGACCUACAAGCGAGUCACCAGAGUCGUUGGGGAACAAUCCGACGCUCUAUCGAUGCAUUCAAGACUCGUGUGAAGGAGACCCGCGCGAAAUAG